AUGGCUACCCAAAUCACUGCAGGAACGUCCGAGCUACGGGACAUCACAAAAAUGGAGCGAAUAGGCGCGCACUCGCAUGUCCGCGGUUUAGGUCUCGACGAUAGACUAGAACCGAGAGAAAAUUCUCAGGGAAUGGUCGGUCAAGGAAAAGCGCGCAAGGCGGCUGGUAUGAUUCUCAGGAUGGUUCAAGAGGGUCGUAUUGCUGGACGCGCCAUUCUUUUCGCCGGCCCACCUUCGACAGGCAAGACUGCUAUUGCACUAGGCAUGGCACAGACUCUAGGUCAGGAUGUCCCGUUUACCAUGAUAGCGGCUAGCGAGGUUUUCUCGCUUUCCAUGUCCAAAACGGAAGCUCUCACCCAAGCAAUCCGACGCAGCAUCGGCGUGCGAAUACGAGAAGAAACAGAAAUCAUAGAGGGCGAGGUCGUCGAGAUUCAGAUCGAUCGUAGUCUUACUGGGGCAACGAAGACAGGAAAGCUGACUAUUAAAACAACCGAUAUGGAAACUAUAUAUGAUCUUGGAACAAAAAUGAUCGAUGCACUCUCGAAGGAAAAGGUCCUCGCUGGUGAUGUUAUUAUCAUUGAUAAGACCUCGGGAAAGGUGUCCAAACUCGGGCGAUCCUUUACGCGCUCGAGAGACUACGAUGCAAUGGGUGCAGAUACUAAGUUCGUGCAAUGCCCCGAAGGCGAAAUUCAAAAAAGAAAAGAAGUUGUGCACACCGUCUCCCUGCACGAGAUCGAUGUCAUCAACAGUAGGACGCAAGGUUUCCUUGCAUUGUUUGCAGGUGACACCGGCGAAAUUAAGCCUGAGCUGAGGGAACAGAUAAAUACCAAAGUGGCCGAAUGGCGCGAGGAAGGAAAGGCAGAGAUAAUACCUGGUGUGCUAUUCAUCGACGAAGUUCACAUGCUGGACAUCGAGUGUUUCUCCUUCCUGAAUCGUGCACUGGAAAGCGAGCUUUCUCCCUUGGUUAUCAUGGCGUCGAACCGAGGGAUGUCAAGAAUACGUGGAACCAAUGUCCGGAGUCCGCAUGGUCUACCAGUCGAUCUACUAGACCGCGUCCUCAUAGUUAGUACAAGACCGUAUAGCGAGGAAGAAAUCCAGCAAAUCAUUCAGAUCCGGUGCGAAGAGGAGGACGUCACACUUACAUCCGACUCCCUCAACGUGCUAACUUCAAUGGCAAGCUCAACGACGCUGCGAUACGCCCUUAAUCUGAUAUCUUGCGCGCAAAUGAUCUCGCGAAAACGGAAAGCUGAACAGGUUAGCGUAGAAGACCUACGGAGGGCAUACACGUAUUUCAUGGAUGAGAAACGGAGUGUACAGUGGCUAAAGGAGCAGCAAGGCUCGUUGGUGUUCGAGGAGAUAUCUGUUUCAACUACAGCUGAGAAUGGGGAUGCCGCGGUGAAGGAUGCAAUGGAGACGUAG